CCAUGGGAGACUGCUGGGCGCGAGAAAACCCACACUCCCGCCUUGCUCACCUACGCACACGAAGUGCUGUCCCGUGGCUCCGAUCCCCCGGGCAAACAGCACCAUCCCUGAGGGGGGCAGAAGGCAGAGCUGGCCUUCCCAAGGUUCCCCUGCAUGGCUUCUGUCCAAGAAAUGGGCAGGCUGUUUGUUGAACGUGGACUCUGCCCAGAGAAGAGCCGCUUUGGGGCCCUUCCCCUUUCUGAACGCCAGAGGUCUUUCUUCAGCUCGGAUCUCUAGCUCGGUACCCAUCUUCCAGGGCUGCUGCUGGAAAGAGCCUGAGAUGGAGACGGCCGCUCUCCUUUCCCACCCGCUCUGGUUCAUCUGCUCCUUGGCCCUCCUGGCGCUGCUGUGGGUGCGAGGAAGAAAAAGCUGGAGACCUGAAGCUUGUCCCGUAGACCUGAGCGGCAAGACGGCCAUCGUCACUGGAGCCAGCAGCGGAAUUGGCAAGGCCGUCGCUCUUGACCUGGCACGCAGGAAUGCACGGACAAUCCUGGCCUGCCGCUGCAGGGACAAAGGCCAGGCUGCAGUGGAGGAGAUCCGUAAAGCCACGGGGAACCCUCAGGUGCAGCUUCGUCUGCUGGACAUCAGCUCCAUGGCCUCCGUCCGUGAUUUUGCCAGGAAGUUCCUGGAGGAAGGGAGCCAGCUGCACAUCUUGGUGAACAAUGCGGGUGUCACAGGCCUGCCAUUUGCCAUCACAGCUGAGGGCCUGGAGCUCACGUUUGCCACCAACGUCUUGGGCCCCUUCCUGCUCACCAACCUGCUGCUUGGUACCAUGGUGGCCUCUGCUCCAGCGCGCAUCGUGAAUGUGUCUUCCUUCCGGCACUUCUGUGUCAGGAAGGUGGACCUGAAGUGGUUGACCGGGGAGGAACUGCCCAAGAAUGCCAGCCACGCCUACGACUGCACCAAGCUCAUGAACGUCGCCUUCACCAUAAAGUUGGCCCAGAGGCUCCAGGGCACCGGCGUGUUGGCCAACGUGCUCAGCCCAGGAGUUGUCCGGACGGAGAUCCUGCGCAACUACGGCCGGGCCAGCCGUCUGCUCUACAGACUGUGCAGCCCCUUCAUGAGGAGCCCCCAAAAGGGAGCCACCAGCACUCUCUACUGCGCAGUCGCCCCGGAAGUGGAGGGGAUUUCCGGCAAGUACUUCGACAGCAACUGCACCCUGGUGCUACCUCAAGACCUGGCACAGGACCCGGGCCUUGGCCAGAGACUGUGGGAUGCGCUGGAGAAGGCCACGGGCCUCAAGACGGAGGGAAGCCAUCAGGCAGUCUCAGGCCCUCUGGGAAGGGAACGUUAGGGGGCUGCUUCAUCUUUUCUGGCCAGGGUAGUAGAAGAGCUGCUGCCCAGCAACAUGGAUCCCUGACUCCCCUUCCAAGAACUCUUUCCUGCAAAGUGGCCAAGCCCUUCAACUUCACAAAAUUCACCCUGGGUUUUCUCUCAUGCUGUGAACUGAGGACCUUGAGGUCUCCCGGGGGCCCUCCAGCCCUCUGUUCGAGUUUGGGGGGGGCGGGGUCUGCACGAAAGCUUUGAACCUCUUUUUCCCAGGCUGUUUGCAUGACAGAUUAAGUUCCUCUGGAAGCUGCUCAGAACCUCCUGAUGUUUUUUUGUCUAGAGACUCUGAGGCUCCCCUCAGCUUCAGCACCGUCUCUCCAGCGAUGCCUUUGCAGUACGGCAGGCUCCCCCCAUCAGUCCUUUUUCCUCGGCUGCCCAGGUUCUGCUGUGGGGUUCUAUCUAGUCUUUAAACCAUGAAUAGUCUGAUUACAAGGGAAGAGUGACUUGUGGACCUUCUUACUGAAAUACAAUAACCAAGUUUGUUUUGCACUCUGA